AUGUCUUCGACGGACGACUUCGAUCCAGAGUCCCAGCGGAGAACAUACCAGGCCCCUCACUCUGCCCGCCAUCCUAUACCUACCGUCCAGAAAUACCGGGCCGAACGGAGCGAGUUGAACAAUCAGCAGCAGCAAGCCGAACAGGCCCAGCAUGACGAGACUGACGACUCCACUGUCAAGAGAGCGUAUCAUGCCGCCAAGGGUGUCUUGAAGGGCGAGGAGGAAGGGCCCAAGUCGAGGCACGAUCCUUACAGGUCUCAAAACCGAAACGUCGUGACUCCGGGAGAGCCAGCUGGGAGGAAGGGCCAAGAAGGAGGCGAAGAGCAGGCUCGAGAGGACGAAGAAGAAGAGAGCCAGAGUCAGCAGCAGCCACGAGACGAGGAUGCAGGGGACAACAAGACAGACCAGCCGGGUCAAUCGGCUACCGAGGCCGUUGCAGGCCACCAUGACCCUCGCCAGAAGAGAAAGGACAUGAAGCACAAGAAGCGCAGUGAUGGGGGUAGAGAGGUUACGGACCCUGUGACCCACUUGCCCAUAAUCAUUCGGGACUCGACGCGCAAGGACCUCAAGGCCGUCAACGAGAAUAUCCCCGCGAGCGGAACAGACUCUCGAACCCAGACAGGAGUGAGUGGUGCCAGGAAAUCCCGGGAAGAGCUUGACAAAGAGCGCGAGGAGGCCCAGGACAGUUUGCAUGGUAUGCAAAAGUUAUUCCCGCCUCCGAACUUCGACGACCUCAAGAAUGAGCUGGCGAGGACGUAUGAGCGCGCCAUCACGAUAGGCCUGGCGGGCGUUCUGGGACUACUUCUUCUGGGAGAGAUUGUCGCUCGAGUGUUUGGUGUCAGUCUUUACGAGAAGGGGUCAUCUUUCCAGUCGAGGCUCUCUGCUGCGGCAGUCGUCAUUUUCGUACCAGGCGUCAUUGCGGCUUUCGUGAUCCUGCUGGUCAAAGACUGGCUCGGUAAGAAGGUCGAAGCAAUCUGCAAGGACGAGAUCUGGGAUGCUGCUCGUCAGGAAGAACUUCACACGACUCAAGCUGAAGACGCCAUCCCAGAAUCGGUGGCUUGGUUAAACAAUCUCCUGUCGGCCGUCUGGCCCCUCAUCAACCCAGACCUGUUCACUUCGAUCUCGGACAUGUUGGAGGAUGUCAUGCAGGCAUCGCUCCCAAAAGUGGUGCGGAUGGUCAGUGUCGACGAUCUUGGCCAAGGGAGUGAGGCCUUCCGUGUUCUCGGCAUCAACUGGUUACCUACGGGUGCUGCAAGUCGGUCUGUGGGCGCGGAUGGAAAACUCAAAAAUGCAAGAGAAGAAGGCGCCAAUGAUCGAACAGCCUCCGGGAAGGGUGAGAUAGAGGAUGGUGCCGGUGGCGAGGACAAGAGCAAGUCGAAUGACCAUCAUCAUAACAGCCAGCAAAACGAGCAGGAUGAGCAGGCCAUACGAGAGGGCAUGGAGGCCGAACAGGGCGACUUUGUCAAUAUGGAGCUCGCAUUCGCCUAUCGGGCCCGGUCUUCUGGCAAAUCUCUACAAGCAAAGGCGAAGAAUGCCCACCUGUAUCUCAAAUUCUACCUGCCCGGUGGCAUCGCCGUCCCGGUUUGGGUGGAACUGCGCGGGAUCAUCGGCACAAUGCGUUUGCGACUACAACUCACGCCUGAUCCUCCUUUCUUUAGCCUCUGCACUUUGUCGUUCAUGGGACAACCGCAGGCGGAUAUGUCCUGUGUCCCCUUGUCCCGCCACGCACUCAACUUGAUGGAUGUGCCGCUCAUUUCGUCGUUUGUUCAAUCUUCGAUCGACGCAGCGCUAGCGGAGUAUGUUGCGCCCAAGAGUCUGACGCUGGACCUCAAAGAUAUGCUUGUAGGUGAUGACUUCAAGAAGGACACAGUCGCUCGAGGCGUUGUCAUGAUCUUUAUCAAAUCUGCCAGUGGUUUCAAGGAAGGUGAUGGAGGCUUCGGUCCACUUAAAGGAUCGAGCGACGCAUACAUGACGGUGUCCUGGGGUAAGUUCGGCAAGCCUGUUGCCUCGACGAGGAUCAUUGUCAACGACCAAAACCCAAAUUGGUCAGAGUGGUCACACAUCCUAGUCACGCCUGAAGAGCUCAAUGCCGAUGAAAAACUUCGCCUUCAACUCUGGGAUUCGGACAAAUAUACUGCAGAUGAUGACCUUGGUCGCGUAGAGGUGGAUCUUCGCGAAUUGAUGCAUAGCUCAAAGACCAAAAACCGGAUGUGUGAUCGAGAAGAUCGUUUUGUGGGUGAAGAACCCGAAGAAAAGAUGCCAGGCACCCUUCAAUGGCGAGUAGGUUAUUUCACCAAAACCAGGAUUACAGAAGAGCAACUUGCCAAACAGACGGCCGAUCCGAAUGUCCGAACGAUAGACGACCUCAGGAAACAGGUCAGCGAGACGGCCGAGCACAAGUUGCGAGAAGCCACGGCGCACGACGAGAGCAAGGAAAUCAAACAGCAAAAGGAAGAGGAUUACAAGGAGCGUGAAGACGCUUUGAUCAUCUCCAGCCCUCCACCGGAUGACUAUGUCAGUGGCAUAUUCAGCAUUCAGAUCCACAACAUUACCGGACUGGAGGUACAGGCUUUGCAGAAGCGAGAGAAAAACAGUGGCAACGAUAACCGCGAGGACGAGGCUGAGCAAAAUGACGAUCUGCCCAGCAGCUAUGCGACCAUCAUUCUCAACCAUCAGAAGAUCUAUCGCACCAGAACCAAACCCAAGAAUGCAAAGCCCUUCUUCAACGCUGGCACGGAACGCUUCGUGCCGGACUGGAAGACCGCAGAGGUGAUGAUUUCCGUCCGCGAUAGUCGGGAACGCGAAGACGAUGCUCUCCUCGGGAUGAUCUAUCUCCCUUUGCAAAGAGUCUUCAAGGAAAGGAGCCAGGUCAUGCAGACCUAUCCACUUGUCGGUGGCAUCGGUUUCGGUCGUGCGCGGAUCAGCAUGGUUUGGCGUAGCGUGGAACUGAAACUGCCAAAGGAAUUGCUCGGAUGGAAUUUCGGGACACUGGAAAUCAAAUGCCCCGUCAGAGCGAAGGAGGGAAGAGGGCAUACAAAGGACGACGGUUCAUUCAUCCAGCAACGCAUCAAGUUAAGAACCAAUCUGAUGAGAGCAAAGAUGCACCCUACUGGCUCUGGUGAGGAUGGCGAAUGGAGACCCAAAGGCGACAAAAAAUCCAUCUUUCUUGCCGUGCGCAAACGCUAUUCAAGCUCGUUGAUCAUCGAAUGCCGCAAAUCUCGUCUUGGGCCUGACUCCACGCCUGCCCUGGGGGUCUUCUGGCUCAAAGACAUCCCCGACGAGGAAGAGAAAACCAUUACGGUCAAGCUCUGGAAGGGUGGCAAAGAGGCCAUGCACCGCGCGACCACGAGUUAUGGCUAUUCUGGGAUGGAGGAAAACGAGCAACCACUUGGCGAACUUGAGCUCAUAGUCAAAUUUUGGAGAGGGCUCAGUGGGUACCACAAGAGCUAUGCAAACAAAGCUCGCAAUGCAGAUUUGAGACAGGUAAUGGAGGUGUUGGACACGGCGAAUGAUGAGGGACAGGUCGACCAGUAUGAAGACGAACAUCAUGGGGAGGGAGAGAUCGACGAUGACGAGGAGGGGGACAGUGACAACACCGAUGACGACGAGGAUAGGUCGUCGAGCAAAAGGGACAGAUCCCGCCGUAAACUCCGCACGCACGCCAACGACGACUCGGAUGCCUCGGACUCGGACUCUGGAACGACGUCCUCGACCUCCAAGAACCCACUCAACGGUCCUGCCCGCCUGGUGUCCAAGCCGCUCGGCGCAGUCAGCGCCACGGCUGCCAACCUCCUGGACGUCGACGGACAUAACGACCCCGACGACGGCUCUCGUGGUUUGAGGGCGCAGGUGAGGGAUUACAAGGACCAUCACCGGGAGCUACACAGGAAGCACAGGGGGGUAAUGCAGUGGAGGGGGGCCAGGACGGUGGACUGGAUGAUCGGCAAGGCCAAGCGGGUCGAGGGAGGAGUGGACAGGAUUUUUGAAAGGGACAAAGACGGGCGUGGCGGCGACGGUGUUGAAACGGAGGCAUGA